ACCAUUCCAACAGUUCGAUGCCUACCAUCAGAACAUCAACAUGCACCUGCAAAGUUUGUCCCAUUCCUCCCCCUGUUGUCAAGAUUCAGAAAUGCUUCUGCUGCAAAAUAUUUAUGUCCCGACUAUCACGCCAUCAACCAGAAUAUCGUCACAAUAUCAUCUUAUUUGGAUCCUUGAUAUUGUGUAUUCACUUUAAUUAUGGAGGCCAUACACACCCAAGGUAUUUGGAUUGCUGAAGCACUUCAGCAAAUAACGAAGAGCCAAGACAAACUUUGGUUGAUUGCCACUCACAUUGGGGAUCCCAAAGCUGCCUUCCUUCUCGUGUUCCCCUUGACUUACUUUCUCAACCGACGGACUGGAUUUGCUGUUGUCUGGGUGGCUGCUAUUUCGGAGUGGCUUAAUCUAGUGUUCAAAUGGAUGCUCUUUGGCGAGAGGCCAUUCUGGUGGAUUGGAGAAUCCCGUUUAUUUGAGAAAAACCCUCCCAAACUCCAACAGUUUGCCUCAACUUGUGAAACAGGCCCAGGCAGUCCAUCUGGUCAUGCAAUGGUAACAGCAGCAGUGUGGUGGGUGAUGGCCUCAUCCCUGGGUUCUCUUCUCUACUCCUACACACGCAGCAUGUUGCUAUCAGCGGUUCCGUAUGUGCUGUAUCUGCUGGGGUUAGUGGCAGUUGGCUUCUCUCGCAUCUUUAUCCUGGCACACUUCCCCCAUCAGGUCAUAGCUGGCUCUUUGACAGGCUUCAUUCUUGGGGUAGUUCUGAGCCGUCAGGUUCCAGAAGGUCGCCCUCUGGUGUUUUUUGUGAGUUCCAGCAUUGGGCUACUCCUUAGUGCUCUCCUAAUCCACUCAGGACUGACAUGGCUGGGCUUCGACUUGUCCUGGUCCAUUGCGUUGGCUAAGAAGUGGUGCUCCCAUUCAGAGUGGAUUCGGCUGGACACAGCCCCGUUUUCCUCACUAACACGGGACUGUGGUGCUAUCCUGGGCCUGGGGCUGGCCCAGUACUGGAAGCCAGGUGGGUACACUCUCCCCUGUGCUCCACGUGCCCUGUGUCUGGCCCUCUGCUCCAUGGCUCUCUACCAUGUCCAUCGACUGCCUCUACCAAUCCAACCACAGCCCCUCUUCUACUUCCUCUUCUUUAUCAAGUUUACCAUCGUGCCCCAGGUGGUCAUGAUCUAUGUACCUGGCUUUGUACACCUCCUUACACACAAAAAUAAAAAUGAUUAAAAUGA